AUGUCACAAAUGGAUAAUACUGACAAGACUCCAGUCAAGCUUCGGGUUAUUGCUAGCCCUCACGCAGACAGCAGUUCAACUAGCGCACCAGAUGAUAUCGCAGUAAGUGAGACUCGGUGUACUUGGUGCCAUCGUCCCCGCAGACUGUUUACGACAGAGAUUACGUCACACGCGAAUUCGGACCUUGGUGAAGCACCAGUUUGCUGUUCACAAAUUUGCUUUGAUCAACUCCGGAGGGCCCAGUUUAAAAAGCGUCGUUGCAACACAGGAUCUUCAGUUCCACUCCCAUCUCUAGUAACUUCUGGAAGGCCGCCUUACGUUCCGUAUUCCCACCUGGGGACAAACAAAAGUGAUAGUAAUGUGAUCGGAAAGAGCGUUUCACCGGUCCUUUCCCAAACUAUGAAGUCAAUACCACAAGGAACUCGUCGACGUCUGCCCCGUGUAGCUUCAGCCGAUCAUCAUGCCUCCGCAACUACCUCAUCCAAAACGCGGGAUAUUAUGCUAAACUCUAGCUGUUCAGUAGCACAGGAGCAAGGUGUUUUCACUCAAGCCAGUACUGUAACAUGUCCUAAACCGAAAACGUUCCUCAACCAAGCUGGAUAUUCGCAACCCAAUUCGGAAGCUACGGAACACGAAUGGCCGAAAGUUUCCACCGGAAGUCCAUCAUUUUCGGCACUCUCGGAUCUCCUCUAUUUGUGGCUCACAUGUGCAGAAUCUUCCCAGCCAUCCGCAGACCCUUAUCCCCCAACAUCCAACAGGCUCGGCGAAGUACCUUCAGCUUCGGUAAGUGAAACACAAGCCGAAUGCUCACCCGUGAUCGUUCCUGUCUUUUUGCCUGUUUUCAAGAACGCUCCGGAGAUACUUGAUAUUCUUCACCGAUAUGGAUUUCACUCACAGUUUGCGUGUCCUCUGAGAAAAUCGUAUGAAAAUGCGUCCACACAAACAUCAUCUGAUGAUGACCACUCCUCGUAUCAUUCCACACGAACGGCGCAUAUGGACUCUGAAGAUAGUGUUCUGGAUCUGCGAAUUCCAAAACCCUCGGUUGAAUUCACUUCGACAACAGCCUCGUCACAUCGCAACGCACCAGUACGUUUGGUCCGUUGUGGAACUUGGUAUCAAAUGUCCAGCGUGAAUGGAAAAGCUAAAAAAUUGGUGAAAUUUUCCCCGAUUUCAAGCAAGACCACAGUCCGGAGGAGACGUGGCCAAGUGCAUAAAUGGCACAACAGAAGUGUGUCGGGCCUUGUGAGAAAAGAACGGGAUGUGAUAGAUUGGUAA